AUGUACUACCGAAAGUUGGAGUGGUCCUCACCAACAUACCCGUCGACCUCAAGACCGCAAGAUGAGUUCGAAGCUCCCCGUCACGGUUCUUUGGGUUUCCUCCCAAGAAAGCGUGCCGCUCGCCAUCGCGGUAAGGUCAAGUCUUUCCCCAAGGAUGACCCCAAAAAGCCCGUGCACUUGACUGCCAUGAUGGGUUACAAGGCUGGAAUGACCCACGUUGUCCGUGACCUUGACCGCCCUGGAUCCAAGAUGCACAAACGUGAGGUCGUCGAGGCCGUCACUGUUAUUGAGACUCCCCCCAUGAUUGUCGUCGGUGUCGUUGGCUACGUCGAGACCCCUCGCGGACUCCGCACCCUCACCACCGUCUGGGCUUCCCAUCUUUCCGACGAGGUCAAGCGUCGAUUCUACAAGAACUGGUACCGCUCGAAGAAGAAGGCUUUCACCCGCUAUGCCAAGAAGCAUGCUGAGGACAGCGGCAAGAGCGUCGCCCGCGAGCUUGAGCGCAUCCGGAAGUACUGCACUGUUGUCCGUGUCCUUGCACACACCCAGAUUCGCAAGACCGGUCUCCAGCAGAAGAAGGCCCACUUGAUGGAGAUCCAGCUCAACGGUGGAUCCAUCGCCGACAAGGUCGAAUAUGCUCAGGGUCUCUUUGAGAAGCCCGUCGAGGUUUCCUCCGUCUUCGAGCAGGACGAGAACAUCGAUGUCAUUGCUGUCACCAAGGGUCACGGAUUCGAGGGUGUUACUCACCGUUGGGGUACCAAGAAGCUUCCUCGCAAGACUCACAAGGGUCUCCGCAAGGUUGGUUGUAUCGGAGCAUGGCAUCCUUCCAAGGUCAUGUUCUCCGUUGCCCGUGCUGGUCAAAACGGAUACCAUCACCGUACUGAGCUCAACAAGAAGAUUUACCGCAUUGGUUCCGGAUCUGACGAUGCCAACGCGUCGACCGAGUCUGAUAUCACCAAGAAGGUCAUCACCCCCAUGGGUGGCUUCCCCCACUAUGGUGUUGUUAAGAACGACUUCCUCAUCCUCAAGGGAUGUGUUCCUGGAACCAAGAAGCGUGUCAUCACCCUCCGCAAGUCGCUCAUGGUCCACACCUCCCGCCGUGACUUGGAGAAGGUGCAGCUCAAGUUCAUCGAUACUUCCUCCAAAUUCGGCCACGGUUCUUUCCAAACCUUCGAAGAAAAGGCUGCGUUCCUCGGAACGCUCAAGGCCCGUGCUUGA